AUGAACACUCCUAACAUGUUCCCACACAUUCUUGCAUUCAUCAGGAAGGAAAUCUUACGAAGUAACCGUCCCACAUGGGAGAAUCGGGAUCGAGAGCAGACUGGGCCGGAUAUCAUCUUACUCGUACACCUGGGUUCAGGAGGAAAUGGGUUCCGCGACACCGUCCACGGUGGCGUACUCGGCGCACUUCUCGACGAAGCACUAGGAUGCUGUAUCGAAUCCUGGGCCUGUCAGCUCGACAAGAGUGAACCAGCAUCCUCGGAGACGCGACCACGCUUGUAUACCGCUAGCCUUAAUAUCUCAUAUCAUGCGCUAGCAGAAUCACCGGGCAUCAUUCUUGUGCACGCCUGGCUUAAAGGCAGGCAGGGCAGGAAGUGGUUUUUAGCCGCCAAGAUUCUAGGGGACGAUAAUCGCACUCGAGCGGAGGCUUCGGCCUUGUGGGUCAGUGAAAGAGCUGCCGCCAUGUAA